AUGUUGCAACAACCCUCACACAGAUCGACCUUCAGAAUGGAGGAGGAUGACUUCUCUUCGUCAACCUCGUCCCCACAUCAUGAUCCAGAUGAAACGAAUAGGUAUAUCAACGACAUGUUAUUGAACACACCACAAGUCGAAGGCAAUUGGCGUUGGAACACAACCAUUCUUUCUCUUGCAGCAUUUCACUCAUGUGGAACUUUGCAGAGAAAUUAUGACGUUCGUACCAAAAGAUACCUCUUCCAUGUUCUUCCAUCCACCAAGUCAAAUACGAUUCGAGUCAUUUAUGGAUUCGAAGCCAGAAAUAUUCUUGAAACUGAUUUACCUAUUCCUCAGAAUAUUGAUGAUCAACUCGUGACAUCCACAGCAGACCGCUCGUUUUCAGUAUACAAGCUUGCAACAUUUGACUACUUGGAGGAUCUUCCCAAUUAUAUGCAAGUUCUUUCUGCUAAAGACACUCACCCUCCAUCGUCUUAUGAGAUUGUUGAUCUAUGCGCUAAAGAAAACGUGGAAUGGGUAGUUGUGAAAUAUCAAAUCAGUGAUUCAGAUGUUAUCAAAGUGUUUACUGCUCAAAACCACGACAACGAGUGCAAACCCACAAUUCUUAACACACAAAACAGUACUUGUAUGGCUGUUCAUGUGGCUACACACACUCCAAUACCAUGGAUAUGUUGUGUUUUCAGAGACAAAUUUAACAAAUUAAUGUUGAACAAAUUCAGAAUGGGUGAUAAGGAGCCACAUUCCAAAGUACUUGAAUUGUCUCUUAAUGACGAUACAAGAGUAACAUGUGUGACUACUCUGGGAAUAUCAGGUAAUGAAUGGUAUUUUCUAUUUGGCCUAUCGAAUGGAGAAUUGUAUUAUUCACAUCAAAACAAUUCAAAUAAGCAAGUGUUUUGGUUGGUUCGACCCAAGUCAACAACACUUGGAUCCAUUCUCUCUAUAUUGCAGACUAAGGAGAGACUCGUAAUUUUGGGUUCCAACAAGCUUAUCAUUGCAAAGACACUCGAUACCACCAAGUUAAAAUUAUCAGUGUUGAAUCACAAAGGAAGCAACAAGACAACAAAUUUGGGAGAAGUUUUUUCGUUUUUAAUGUCAGAACGUCAAGACGAACAAGCUCAAAGAAUAUGCUUGAAUAGUAAUUCAACCCUCUUAGCUACAAUCACCAAUUCAGGGAUUUUAAGAAUAUUCAAAGUUGAUUUUGAGAAGGAUAGUUACGAGCUUGUGUUCAACAUUGCCUUGUUUCAUGGUGAGUUCAGAAAUUGCUUAUCCAUGUCAUUUGCAAAGCAAUUUGCAAUGGGUAAAAACAAAAGCAGAGAGUAUUUAGUGGUCUGUUUUGAGAAAGGGGUAGUUUUGGUUGUAGAACCCAUGUAUACAUUUUCAGUGGUGCCUUCACCAGUUGACCUUACACCUGAAGAUACCCAAGAACUUUAA